GGUUCCGCCCAGCCCCGGAACCGCCGCGGGAGGCGGGUGUGCUCGGUGGCCGGAGCCCGGCCAUGGCCCGGCGCUGCGGAGACAGACACUCCAGGGCUCGGUGGAGGUGGGAACUCUCAGUUUUCUUCUCUUGAGAACCCCGGGCUUGUUGCAAAGACAUCUUUCUUCCCACUCCUCUGCAAAAAGCGCUAGUGAAAACAGAGCGCCAUGUACACCUUUCUGCCCGAAAACUUCACGCCGGUGAAGCAGAAGCCCUCCAAGGAGCUGAGGCCAAUGCUGGGGGCCGUCACACUGGGCCUCGUCCUGUUCAUCGCUGCGGUGGUGGCCUGGUGCUACUACACGGUGUCCCUGCGCAAGGCAGAGCGGCUCAAGACGGAGCUGAUGGACCUGCGGGCGGACGGCUUCGUCAUCAGGAACCAGCACGGGGAGGUGGUCUUCCGCCUGGCCUUCCACUCGGGGAGCCUGGACCUGGAGUCGUGCUCCAAGGAGGGCGAGAUCCUGAGCUGCACGCGGUCGGACCGCGGGCCGCUCAACUUCUUCAUCCAGACGGUGAAGCCCAAGGACACGGUGAUGUGCUACCGCGUGCGCUGGGAGGAGCUGGCGGCCGGCCCGGCGGUGGAGCACACCAUGUUCUGGGAGGACGCCCACUGGUAUGGGGGCUCGGAGAUGAGCACGCAGCACUGGCCCAUCCGCCUGGCCGGCUACCAGGAACCCGUGCCCUACGUGACCAGCGACGUCUACUCCUUCCGCGACAGCUUUGGCGGCAUCCUGGAGCGCUACUGGCUCUCCUCCAAAGCGGCGGCCAUCAAGAUCAACGACUCGGUGCCCUUCCACCUGGGCUUCAACGCCACCGAGCGCACCCUCUUCUUCCAGGCCCGCUACAAGGACUCGCCCUACAAGCCCCCGCCGGGCCAGCAGCCCUUCCCUGAGCUGAGCUACCGCGUGUGCGUGGGCUCCGACGUCACCUCCAUCCACAAGUACAUGGUGCGCAGGUACUUCAACAAGCCCUCCAAGAUCCCCGCCGAGAACGCCUUCCGCUACCCCAUCUGGUCCACCUGGGCACUCUACAAGAAUGAUAUUGAUCAGGAUAAACUCUUGAGAUUUGCUGAAAAGAUUAAGAAAUACCGUUUUAAUUGCAGCCACAUUGAAAUUGAUGACAUGUACACACAGGCCUACGGGGACUUUGACUUUGACCCCGUCAAGUUUCCCAAUGUAACGGAGAUGUUUGCAAAACUGAGGGAAGAUGGCUUUAAGGUCACCCUGUGGACUCACCCUUUCAUAAAUUACAAUUCCUCCAACUUUGGUGUGGGGAUUGAGCGUCAGCUGUUCAUCAAGGAGCCGUCAGGGCGGCUGCCGGCCAUGGUGGAGUGGUGGAAUGGCAUCGGGGCCAUCCUGGACUUCACCAAUCCAGCAGCCCGGGACUGGUUCCAGAGCCACCUGCGCCAGCUCCGCCACAAGUACGGCAUCUCCUCCUUCAAGUUUGAUGCGGGUGAGACCAGCUACCUGCCCAAGCAGUUCAGCACCUUCCGGCCGCUCUCAGACCCCAGCAUCUGGUCGCGGCGCUACACAGAGAUGGCCAUCCCCUUCUACGAGCUGGCCGAGGUGCGGGUGGGCUACCAGUCGCAGAACAUCUCCUGCUUCUUCCGCAUCAUUGACCGUGACUCCGUGUGGGGCUAUGAGCUCGGCCUCAAGUCCCUCAUCCCCACGGUGCUCACCAUCAGCAUGCUGGGGUACCCCUUUAUUUCCGCUGACAUGAUUGGGGGGAAUUUUUUCCCAAAUAAGACGGAUGGUGCAGUUGAGAUCCCAGACCGUGAGCUGUACGUGCGGUGGCUGGAGCUGUCGGCCUUCAUGCCCUCCAUGCAGUUCUCCAUCCCACCCUGGCUCUACGACAAGCAGGUGGUGGAGAUUGCGCAGAAGUUCACGGAGCUCCACGAGUCGCUGGUGGCCCCGCUGCUGCUGGAGCUGGCCGGGGAGGUCACCGACACGGGUGACCCCAUCAUCCGGCCCAUCUGGUGGAUCUCACCCCGCGACGAGGCCACCCACAGGAUCGACUCGCAGUUCCUCAUCGGGGACACCCUCAUGGUGGCACCCGUCCUGGAGAUGGGCAAGCAGGAGCGCGAUGUCUACCUGCCGGCGGGCAAGUGGCGCAGCUACAAGGGGGAGUUGUUUGAGAAGACGCCCGUGCUGCUCACCGACUAUCCCGUUGACUUGGACGAAGUUGCCUAUUUCCUCUGGGUUUCGUAACAGGCUCCUCCAUCAGCUUUGGGUUAACCAUGCCUUACACUAGAACUUUGUAUCAAAUAAUAAUUCUAAUUGCACAUUUCAUUUUGGACUGGGAUUGCCGAAGGGAAUUAAAUAGACUUUAUUGUCCUUGGGUUUUUUUGUUAUUUGGAGAGGUGUGAUCGGAUUUUUUUUGUUUAAUUUGGGGCAGGUGGGAUGCUCCAGUUGGGUUACAGUAGACAGAAUUUUCUCUGUAUAGGUGAGGAAAGAGUUGUCAUGCAGUCAAAGCUAAUACUUUUUCAUUUCCCAAGGAUUUCAAAAGGGGAAGGUUGGUUAGUGCCUUGUGGGAGCGUUUCUUGUCCCAUGGGUGCACCCAGCACUGGCAUGGGGGUGUGUGAUGUGGGAGGGUUGCUACAGCACAGCCUGCCUUAAGUUUUCUAAUAUGGCAAAUAUAUUUAAAAUGACUUUUUUAAGAGCAGCAAACAAGCUAGAUUAUACAUAUAUAUAUACAUACACAGAUUUAUUUCCACCCCUUUAUUAUGGCACUGGACUAACUGUUGCCCCAUGUUCCCCUUUUCCCGGGUACCAGGCGGGCCAGGUUACUCGCGUGACAUGCAGGUAUUUCAGCUGUACGAACUGCGUAUCGCUUGCUGGAGCAGCUGCAUCUCCCCUCCUCACUCAUCUAACACCUGCUGCAAGACUCUUCCCAGUGUGUUUUGCCUCGGGUGUCAACACUGCCUCUUCUAGAGCAGCGCCAUCCCUACCAGUGUGCCCAAUCAGUCUUUUUAACACAUUUAUGGUCCUGUUCUGUUACACGAUAGUCCUGCAGAUAUCAUCUUUUUUUUAUUUUAUUUUUUAAGGACAGAUGAGCUUUCAGGUUUGUUGCUGGCAGAAGGACUGCCUGAAGCAAAGCAGAUCUCUAAGGGUCUGUGUGCUGCUUCCCCGGGAACAGCGGGUUCCCACAAGCGGCACGCGUCGUGGAUGGAUGUAAUGUUUUGCUGCUAGCCGGCUUGCCGGUGGGUGGAAAACACCGGCUUUUGCACUGAUGGUUUUGUGCCAGUGGGUGUUCUCGCUGCACCCAAGGAAAUGUUCUCAUGUACCGUGAAAUUAAGCUAAUAGCCAUCUUCAUCUCGGGUUGGAGUUAGAGAGAUGGUGAUGUUGUGUAGGGCUUUUUGGUGCAGCCCUCCUCUCUCUCCCAUAGAUGCAGGGGUCUUCUUCAGAGUUUGGGCUUGCUGUUGGAGGCUUCUGGAGAGGACACAGGGUGACGUGUUCCUGCACCCCUAAUUCCCAGCACUAGGAUGGGAAAGACUUCAGCUCAGGUCCCUCCCAUGGCCUCAGAGGAGAUUUUCUUUGCAUUUCUCCCCCUCCUUUUUCCGGAUGCUUUUCCAGCUUUUGCAUUCGGUUUUGUGGGGGAGGAAGCACUUACAGAGACAUGGGCAGUCUCUGCUCCAAGAAACCACUAGCAGGAUUGCAGUCUGGCAGCCAUGCUCCCCAGGGCAGGACUUCCCCGGCCAUGCCCUGGCUGCUGGCACCCCUCAGCCCGUUAAGUUUUAAAAAGUUUGCACAGAACUGGGCUGUGUUAGCUGGGAAGGCUUGGGGCAAGGAGAGCACAGUGGCUGCAGGAUUUCUUAUGGGAUUGCAUCCAGGCGUGAGUCCGCCACCCGGGGAGAUGGAGCAGCAUUUUGGGCAGGGUUUGAUACCUGUGGUGGUCUUUCUCCAAGCCCAUCUCCUGCUCUGGGCUUGCAGGAGGAAGCAAAGGAGCUGUACCUGUGGCUUAUGGUGGCGCCCAGGAGUAAACCCAGGUGCUUGGGGCAAUAUCUAAAGUGCUUUUAUGGUUAGGAAGGAAAGGAGGAAGUUCAGUUUGAUGGACUCCCUCCUCUGAGAUCCUCAAAAGCCACCUGGACAUGGCCCUGAGCAACCUGCUCGGGGUGGUCCUGCUUGAGCAGGGGUUGGACCAGAAGGUCCCAGAGGUCCCUUCCAACCUCAACUCCCCUGUGAGUCUCUGACUCUUUGGAACCGACCAUGAGGUCUGGCUGGAUCUGCCCUGUAUAAUUUGGUGGUUUGGCCUCAAAACGAGACAGGUCCCUGCCCAGUGGGAGCACAAGCAUGUCCCAGGCUCAGCUCCCAAGCCUGUUUCUUGUGGCUUUCAGCUGUGGAGGGCUCAGGUUUGCUCCCUGGCCCUGGUGCAAGUAGUGGUGCUUUUCCAAGCUACAGACACUCGCUGGCCGGGAGCUGAUCAGUUCUCCCGUUAGGAUCCCUUUGUUGUGGACAUGAUGGGAGUAACUGGAUGAGUGUCUUGGUCCCCUCACAGGGGUCAAGAAAAUCCAUUGUGCUUCGCCUGGGAGCAGGUGAGGAGAGCUUGCGCCCUCUGCUACCAUCCCUCAUUUCAGGGGGUUGGGUGCCGACUGCUUGCAUCC